CCGUGAUUCCUCGCGUUCGCCACUCUCUCGGCCAGUCACCAACCGCACGUCGCGCAGUUUAUUAGAGGGGAAAGAACAGAAGACGUAAAGAGGAAAAAAUUAAAUAAAUAGUGAUCCGAUCGACAAGACGACGCGAGCGAGACGGACGCGGCACACGACGUGACCGACCGGCCGGCCGUUUCUCGAGUAAAAACGAUAAUAACAAAAAUAAUAUUAUUAAUAUUAUUCGAAAAAACGAGACGAACAAGUGACCUUUUUUUGCGCGAAUUUAUCCGUCUGAUUUUUUUUUUUUUUUUAUUACCUACCUACGUUUUCGCGCGUUUCGACCUCUAAUUCGUUGCAAAAUUCGAGCGCGCGUGAUCCGGCCUCGUACCUAUUAUAUUCGUAUGCCUAAUAUUCACACGUAGUUUUUCCGCCAGUUUAAAUUUUUCUUCCGUUGGUUUAAAAAAAAAAAAUUAUUAAAAGUUGUUUUUUGGAGCUUUUGGAUUACGAAAACCGCGGCGUAAUCGCUGUUUGAUCGGUCCGCGGCUAUGUCGGCGGGACGGGUCACCCCGUAGGGUAAACACACGCCGUAACAAUAUUUCGGCCUUUGAUCAGCCGCCGCGGACGUAAUAAUAGUAAUAUUAUCCUCGUCGUCGACACCCGUAAACCGCUCGCCCGACUACCGCGUACCCGCCGGCGGUAUGCGGACGCCGUGCGAAGCGGGCACCGGCGUCCGGCGCGACGGACCCUGACCCGGCGGUACCCUGCCCGGUACCACCCAGCAAUGGCCUAAAGUCAUGGUGAAACGGUCGCACUGCAGCAGCAGCAACAGCGGCGGCGGCCACCGGCGGAGUGUUGUGGUGACGGUCAGCGUGUUGGCGUUAUACGCCGUGUUGUGCGGUGGCGCGGUGUCGGGCACGUCUGCACUCGGAGACCGAGCCGCGUAUUACGGCGUUGCGGCGGCCGCGGAACGGGUGGACGACGUGGCGCUGGUGGCCGCGGUCGCGGGCUCGGCGGCCAGGAACGGCCGGUCGUCGGCCAACUUGUCGCACAUAACAGGCACCGCCAGGAAAAUCAAGAUGUUCAUCAAAAACCGAUACCUGCAGGUGUUCCCGGACGGUACGGUGAACAGCACGGCCGAGGAUACGAACGAUUAUGUUAUCCUGCAAAGAACUUCGGUGAACAUGGGACAGCUAAACAUCCAAGGCGUAGCGACGUGUAUGUACUUGUGCAUGGACGCAUGCGGCUUACUUUAUGGCUCGAAGGACUUCGAGGACGAAUGCGUGUUCAACGAAAUGAUCGAACAGAACCAUUACAACACGUACUCGUCCGUCAAGUACACGAACGACCGGCGCACCCUUUACCUGGCGCUCAACAAGCGGGGCAUGCCGCGCAAGGUGCAGAUAAAGGCGGACGCGCCGCUUGGCAAGCUGUCUACGUACACGCGGGUGCUGACGCAACCAGUGCCGGCGGAACGGGUGGAACGGCUGUUGGCCAACCGACGCCCUCUGCAGUCGGCCGAGUGGCCGGCGUCUAUACCACACGCGCACCGGCACCAACACGCGUGUCCACCGCACAUGGGGCCACCGCACGCCACCGCCAAGAACCGCAAGUCCCUAGGCCGCAAGUGCCAAGUCAAAGGUGGCGGUGGCGGCGGCGGCGGCCGGAAGAAGAACAAGGACGACGGGAACAGGGACAGUGGCAGCAGAGAGGACGAAGACUGCGGGGGCGGAGGUGGAAACAAGAAGAACAACAACCGAUGUGGCGACGGCGGCGACGAAAUCAGUCACCGGAAAGUGGAUGCCGCCGGCCGGAAAAAGAAAUCGAAAAAACCUACGGCCGGCGGCGGCAAAGGUGGAAAAGGCGACAAGCCGCAGCGGCAACACGGCGCAAAGGCCGGGAAAAAAUCGGAGACUGGCGCUCCGCCUCCACCGCCGUUGGAACCCGUCGUCGCUGUCCAGACGGUUACCACGGCCGUUGUCCCGUCGUCGAUUGUGGACGCGGACGGCGGUGGCGACGACGACGAAGACGACGAUGCGGUGGCGGCUUUGGCGGCCACGGCUCCGACAGACGAGUUCCUACAUUUUAACGACAAUUAACCGUAAUAAUAAUAUUAAUAAUGAUAAUAAUAAUAAUAAAACAAUAAUUAAUUAUAUUAUACGCACUUAUUUUGUUAUUAUUACUAUUAUUGUCAUAUAUUUAUACAAACACUAUACUGCUUAUCUUAUUAUAUAAUAAUAUUAUCAUUUUAUAUAUUUUAUUGUUAUUAUUAUGUUGUGUUCGCCGUGAUCGGCUCGUGUACGGGCCCCGCCGACGGGAAAUCGAAUCCACAUCGUCCGCGUCCGACCUGAUCCUAACGCGAAUAAAAUAACUUAAUAAUAUUACAAUCAUAUUAUGCCUACCUACUAUACUUACUUAUAUCAUCUAUUAUUACUCAUACUAUUUUUUUUAGUGUUAUGUAAUAUAUAUCCUCUUAGCUGUACGUCCAUGCAUGCGACCAUUAUAAUUUUUUUUUUUCAUAUUAUAUAGAUAUACCUACAUAAAUGAAUAUAAUAAUAAUGAUAAUUGAAUAUACUUAUUGAUUAUUAUAACGAAGAACUACAAUAUUAUCGUAAAGUCUGCCCCCGCCAAAUCUAGGAUUUUCCACACCGUCGCCGCCUCCGAGUGUGCUUAUUUCCCGCGCCAGUCUAUCGCUUCCUACACCACCCCCGCCAACUCAGGGUUUUGAGUAAGCAUUGACCGUUUUUAUAUUAUUUAUUUAUAUUUCGCAGCAUCACUCAUCGGUAUUCAGUGAACGUUCAGUAUUCUUCCGUAUAAAAUGUACAAUAAUAUUAUAAUAUAAGUAUAAUAUAAUAUAUGUUAUUUCCGCCGACUUCCCGCAAUGUGCCAUUUUUAAGUUAUAAAAAAUGAAAAAAUAUGUUUAUUAGUUUUGUACUUUCUUGAUAUUAAUAUGUUAUAAUAUACACCGCGUGUUUUAUUCUGAAUGAUAUUGUAUAAUAUAUAACGUACAGUAAAAAUAUGUAUAGACGAUAAACUUGUUCGUCUCUAUCAAAUGUUAAUAACUCGUGUUUAGACAAUAUAAAAAUUUGUUUACAUUCCAAAUUUCGAAUAGUAUAAAAUGUACGUGACAAACUACUGACAGGCCAGCAGCAUUUCAAAUCGUCGCGACCUUAUGAUAUUGUUAAUAAUAAUAAUAUAUUCAUAUCAGUCCGAUUAACGACGAAUAUAUUUUUACUACUAGGUAUGCACCAAAGUCGUCCCUCGCUGAAUCUAAAAUACCAACUCGUGAAAUCUCAUGUGCUUAACAAACGCAACAAUGUUUUUGUAAAAAUAAAAAUACAUUUUUUAUACCAAAUAAGUUUAUAUAUUUUAGUUUUCCUAUGUUGUACAAAUUUAUAUUAAAGUGUCAUUUUUUUUUCAAUUUGUAAUUUUUAAAUGUGCCUGACUAGUUUUAUAUUUUGCGUAUAAUAUUAGUAUUAUGAUAUCUGUCUAAUAUUACUAUUUAUUUACUGUCCGUACGCGGUGAUUUGAAAUUUUCCCAUGACGGUUUUUAAUGAAUUUUUUUCCUAAGAAAUAAAAUAUUAUAGUGAUUUUUGUACUCCAAAUUGUUAAAUAUUACAGAAAAAAGCACCUAGUCAAUAAUCGUUAAAUAUAAGUGUUCAGAACAUUGGAGAGACGUAUAUAUAAAAACAAAAUAAUCAAUUUUCUAAGGUCUGUACUUUUUAGAAAUUUUGUUUUGUUUUUAAUUAUUUAUAUUUUUAAUGUGAAAAUCGUAUAUACUUCUCUCUGGUGAUCCAGGAACUAGUGUGUUUAUUACUUAAGUAUUAAUUCUGAAAGCGGCUCGCGUUGCUGUGUCCAUCGUAUUAUGUAAUUUUACUAGAUAAUAUAUCUAUAAUACUUACCUGUAUAAGUAUAUCACGUAUACUUAUAUUUUAGUCCAUCAUUGUUUAUUUAUACUACUACCAGUUCUAUGUUCCCAAAAACAUUUUUUGUGUUAGUUUGAUAUUGUAACCAUUGUAUAACAAACGUUGUGUCCAAAAAUGAAAAAAAUCAAACCGUUCAAAUAUAAUAUUAUAAGUACCUAAUAUCAUUAUUAUUUUAUUUUAUUGUAAAUAAACGUCAGUAUUUUUAAA